AUGGUUGUACUCUCACCCGUUUUCUCAGGUGCGACACUUGUAGCGUUUGCCUCGGACAUGACAGAGCUGUGCAUGGCAUCCGUUGCCAAGGGGUCUAUCGCGCACAUCUCAUUGGUUGCUACGGUGCUCCGGGUGGUACACAGCCAAUCAGACUUCUUCGAUAGUUUCUAUGCGGCCACUGAACACAGCAUGACUCACGUGGAUAUAGUCGAGGCUGCAUUCGUCCUGUUCGACUCAUGUGAGCCAGGUGCUGGUGUUGAUGCGGCUGAGUGGUACGAGUGUGUGGUGUCAUUGACACUGUCUGCAAUGUACGUCUCAACGGAAAGGCGCGUCGACUAUCUUCUGUGGGCCAGGCUCAUGUCACACGCUGAUCAUGAAGACGUACCCAAAAAGCAGCAGAUGCGUUUGGCCAUGGCCAAUGAACUGACCCAACGACUGACCAAUGGCGAGAGCAAAGUGUCGUACUGGCGAUCGCAGACAAUGGAAAGCUUUGCCAUCAAGACAGCCCUGGUUCUGGGUGAUCCUUUAUUGGACGACGGGACGUUUGCGCUGUACAAAGCCGUCAUCGCCGUGUACCAAGAUGGCGAUUAUGUGGGGGCCAUUGUGAACACUGAAACACUCGACAAUCUGCUCAAAAGCUGUCUGAAAGGACUGCAGAAGGAGCACGACGCCUUACUGGAGAUGCACAGUCCAGUGUUGACGGAUGAAACGUCUCUGCGUCGCCUGUUGGCCGUGUGCGAAGUGUUCUUCCAGUCGUACCACCACUUUGAACAGGACACGCGCACGCAUGCACGCACCGUUCCUAUGGCAACCACCACACACAACGCACACACAGACACAGACGCACACACACACACAGUCAUAGACGCACACACAAGCGGUGCAGCAAACAGCUCCGCGGUGCGCACAGGCUCAGGUGUGGCUAUUACGUUGGGGACCGCACAGCACUGUUACACAGAGAUAAGCACAGCAACACUCCCGCUGCUGUCGUAUGCGCUGGGGCUGUCGUCGCUGCUGCUGCCUGUAGAGGAGGAGGCGGACAGUGCGAUCGACGACGACCUGAUCAGCCAGUGCAUCCACGUCUUCACCGAAGGACUGGCUGUGCUAAUCCCCCCCGCAAGCACACACACACGCACAUACACGCAAACACACACACGCACGCACACGGAUGGUACACCCCACCAUACACGUGGGCGGGUGAGUGAGAGCGAUGACAUGGACAUGACCACAGACCCUAAGGCUGGAUCCAGAAGGCAUUUAGGGUUUAUUUGUGUCAGACGAAUUGUCAAGUCAGCAGAGGAAGCGCCGCUAGCAGUCACCUCCAUGAGCAGAAUGGAGUCGUAUGUGGCUGAGUUGCUGCUGGUGCUGAACAGUCUGUGCUGUGGCAGUGGCGAGCGACAGGCGUGCAUGCAACUGGCACUCACGCGCACGCGAACCAAGAUACGAUCAAGCACAACCAACAAAAACACACGCGCAAAACUCACCCACAAGCACUCACACACCCCCAGUGAGACGUCCACACCCACGUACACGUACACGUGCAUCUCGGCGCUGCGCCUGCCGCCCAAUCACCUCACACCUCUGCUGGACAGACUACCGUACGUCAUGAACACCCGCCACGUCAUGACCGGAGUUCUAUUAAUAGACGACAAACAGUACGACGCACACGACAGUACAGAGACCUACUGUACAAACACACACACGGAUACACACACAGACACACACGCAGGCACACACACGGACAGUAGCGCAGGUGGCAUUGUACGUGGCGACGGGUGUCCUUGCAGUCGCAAGUGUAGUGGAGAUGGUGCUCUGGUGCCACCCGACCCGACGACUUUGCUGGAGAUAGCACGCCUGUGUGUAUUCAGAUCGGCCCUGUUUGCCAGUCUAGUGCCGGAUGAGUUGUACGUUGACUGGUCUGAAGACAAAGACGAGGACGUCACCACCAACUACGAAGCAAACUCUACGGAGCCACAGACCUUACAAGCGGUGGUAGAAGAUGCGGCACCCACUCCCGUACACGAGAGUGUGGCGGUUGCCAUGGAAGCAACUGAGCAGCAGCCAGAAAUAGACAGCCAAUCAAAUCACGCAGCGGAUAAGAAGCACUCCGAAGACCACGCACACCAAAACCCUCAUCUGCUGCACAUAGACUGUGGCGAAGGCGAUGUCACACAGGCACGCAUCCGUCAGUUGCUGGUGCUUAUAGGCACUCGCCUAUAUCUCCAGUGCGCACUUAAGACCCAUUCUGGCCUGGCUGCGGCCCUGGACACCCACCCAUGUGCAGGUAAGGGCUAUGUCCGCAGGGUGAUCGCAACAGACAAUAUCCCGGCCCUAUUAUCUGAGCUCCUGGUGCAGUUAGAAAUGGCCUCCAAGGCAGCCAAUGCCGUCGCCUCAGUGGCGAUGCUCAGCCGCAUCUUAGCUGCUGC